AUGGGUUUGAAGGGAUUGGCUCCGCGUUUUGAAGGAAAAAGUUGGGAAGAAAUAAUUGAAAUGACCAACUGGGAGCAAUUACGUGACAUUGGGAUCACGCGUCCUCCUUAUAGGAAAAGGCUCAUUAGAAAUUUCUGGAUACUUAAGCGUGUUUUGGCCAAAGAAAAUGAUAUCGUCCUAGAGAAGGGUGUUCGCAGAGGGGAAUCAAUUCCAGAACAUGAUGAUAAAAUAGACUUUACUACACUGGAAGACCUUCCUACUAUGUUUAACGGAGUAUAUGAUGGUUUCGGGUAUUUUGCGCCGCACUUUGAAGGAAGGAAUUGGAGAGAAAUUAUAAACAUGACUUGGCAAGAUUUGGAAAUAUUAGGCGUCAGGUCGAGACAUAGCAUCAAGGAUUUAAUGAAUGAAAGGUAG